AUGGGACAGCUUGUAAAAACUCUAAUUAACGAUCUUAGUGAGACAGGCUGCGAUUCCUUAGUCGUAGUCUACUACCGCAGAGAAGACAAAUCUAGAUUUGCCGAACUAGUAAAGGAUGGGGCUAAAAUACUCAAAUAUAAUUCUGGUGAAGAAUUCAGGUCUUCUCUUUGGAAAAUCGUAUCUCCAGUAGCUAGCGAAAGAAAGGCUGCUGCAUACGCUAUUUUUAGUUGCAAUGAAGUUGAGGAUGAUGAACAGAAUGAAAUCUCUGAAGAUAACCCGGAGUCAACUGAAGAAAUUCAAACUUGGUUCCAAAAAAUUACCGAUUCCCCUCAUGCUGAUGAAAAAGCCAAAAUAAUACAAUAUUGGUUUCGCUCAGCACUCAUUCGAAAGCAAAAGCCCUGCAAGUAUGUUCGAGAUACAACUCUAGAUAAGAUUUAUAAUGAUAUAUCUAAUUUUUGCAACGAUGCAUCGCACUGGGAAGCUGCUAAGAGACUAAAAGGAAAAAGGGUGGUGCGCAAUUUGCCCUGGAAUCGUUAUCAACGACUGAAAAAUGCAGUACAACAUGAAAAGGCAAACGUUGAAUGGCUUGAAAAUGAAUUACAAAAAACGAACAACACUAUUAAUAAUGUUUUGGAAUGGAUAGAUGAGUGCAAGACUGUCAUAAAAUAA